AUGGCUGCAGAUAUUGACCGAGUCUGCGCUGCAGCAGUAGACGGCCGUCUAAGAAACCCAAUUUGGCGCAAAGAACAGCUCUUCCAACUCCAUCAAGCAUUUGCCAAAGAUGCAGACAAGAUACAGGCUGCAAUUUUGCAAGACUCACACGGUUCAGUGGCCGAAGUAGCAGUCGAACUUCGCCUCGCAUUGGACGCGUUAAAGAAAUGCUACCUGUCACUCGACCUCGACAAAGAACUAGAGAUGGAAUACCGAAUAGCUAAGGGAUUGGACGACCAAGAUCGAAGCGACUGCCCAGGCCUCGUAUACAUUGAACCUACGCCGCAUACUAUGUUUUUUUCUGUGGUAGCAGCACUUGCUCCUGCAAUAGCAGCAGGAAACUGCGUCAUUCUACUACUCGAAAACACAAUGAGAGCGGUGCCUACACUACUUCGCACGAUGCUGCCUCCUGCACUGGAUUCUGACAUUUUCUCCAUUGCCCGAACCAAAGUGGCCGAUCCGGACGUGCUGAGCAAGUGUACUCAAGUCCUCCAGAAUGGCAUCGAUGCGGUAUCGACCGUCUUUCACCUCGUCUCCCAACCCAAUGGGCUCGUGGUUGCAGUUGUAGAUCGGACGGCAGACAUCACGCAAGCCGCCCAAGCUUUGGUCAUGGCUCGCUUUGCGUACGGGAGCGCCUCUCCGUACGCGCCAGGGCUUGUUCUUGUGCACGAAACUGUGAAGAAACAAUUUUUGCUGGAGACCAUGAAACACUCAAUCAGAAUGCUGCCGGAGCACAGCCUUGCGUCAGGCAAGCAACGCAAUCAGUUCUCCAACGGAGACCCAGCGGGAAAUUUGCACAGUGGCCAAGACAAAGAUGGAGUCCGAAUCAUCUUUCCGAGCUCGGCUGCGGCCAUAGUCGAAGUGGAGAAUAGGGACUCUUCUCUUGCGCAGAAACUGAGCGAACAAUGCCUCUGCGUCUGUUCAAUCACGAGCUUAGAUGACGCAAUCGACUUUUCGAAUCGGUAUGUGUUGAGUGAAUCACCAAUAGCAUGUUUCGCUUUUGCGUCAGCUCAAGCCGCAAAAUAUAUAUGCCAAUAUGUCAGAUCUGACAUUGGUUUCGUCAACCACAUCCCUUUUGAGCUCUUGGUUGGUCCCGCUGCCCCCAUCAACCGUCCAUUCUCCCUCGAGAGUCGAUACUGCCCCUCCUUCUUCAGUAAACCUACUCCUCGCUUCGUCAAAUCUAGCGCACAGUCCAUACUGUUCCAAGCAGCGGUACUAGAAAGCAAUGAAGUCGCAAUAUCUCGAAUUUUAGAAGGGGCCGUCGAGAAGUUACCCGAGCCGAAGCGACCGAAGCGGCUGAUCCCACGUGGAUUUUUCGAAGAAGGCGUCCGAACCGGGGCCAUUGUUGUAUUCUCGCCGCUGUUAAUAUCAAUGACUGCGGCGGGUUACUUCGGAGCCAAAGCACUGUACUAUCGAGUUCUGCAGUACCCCCGCAUUUAAUAGUCGUUACGUUUGGCAUGGUAGGGACCUUGUUGCACUUCUACCAGGAAGAUACGACAGACGAAUGUUGCAAACAUCUUUCAUCUCAAUUAGGAAUUGUUCCUGGUAGUGAUGUCCUCCAAAGGUGCCAUACGGCGUUGAAUGAGGACGGGAUAAAUACGUCGGAGGUUGGAGAUUUCACACUGGUCGUCGUUACAAACACCGCGCCGAUGGGUCGAAGUCCUUCAUAUUACAUAUAUCGCUAGUUUCCCUACGUAAUAGUCCAUUUAUUCGACUACAAUGGCGGAUUCAUGAAAUUGAAUGGGUUAAAAUCCAGAUACCGAUAGCCGAC